AUGGGAUUCGAUCUCGAACUCUGCAAUUCCAUGAAGGAACGCAUCAUCAGUUCUCUUUCUGGUUUGAUUAUUGCAUAUGGCGAGAGUCCUGGGUUUCAAGUCAUUGUGCAUUUGAGGAUCACCACCACGCUCAGGUUGGGUUCUGCACAAUCGAUAGACGAUCUGAUGAUGAAUCUAUUAGCCACAAAUGGGGCGAUUAUCGUGAACGAUGAUGGUAGUAUUGGAACUGUAGAGACGAUAGCCACAAAUGGGGCAAUUAUCGUAAAUGAUGAUGGUGGUCUUAGAACUGAAGAGACGAUGAGGACAAGGACGGGGAGGGGCGUUUCAAAGGCUGUCAUUUAUGGGUUGAAGAAAGUGACAGUGUUCAAUGGUGAAGGAGACGAUGAAAAGUGCACUACUUGUGCUGUUUGUUUAGAGGAAUUUGGGAAUGGAACGGAGCUUACUCCCAAGCCAUGUUAUCAUCUUUUUCAUCAUCGCUGCAUUGUGCCCUGGUUGGAAUCACAUAAUUCUUGUCCUAUAUGCCGAUCCAUAGUUCCAGAUUAA